AUGACGGAUCCCUCCUAUGCCUCAGCAAUAGGGGCCUACCCCCCCUACUCCGCGUACCCUUAUCCUGCAGCAGGGGCCCCCCAGCCUGCUGCAGCAGCAGCAGCAGCAGCACCUGAGUAUCAAUGGGGGGCCUGGGGGGCCCCUGCGGCGCGCCCCAGCCCUAGCACGCUAGAUCCUGAAACAGAACCCGACGCGCUGCAGAGCCGCUGCCUCUUCUUCGGGAGACUUUCUUCAGAAGCAACAGAAGAGGUUUUGAAAAGCAUUUGCGAGCAGUUUGGAGACAUCCGCAAGAUCACCACUUACCCCGAGAAGCACAUGGCCUUCGUCGAAUUCGUGAGGGUUUAG